CGAAGGAGACCCGGCAUCUUAGAGGAAAUAGGUGAGUAGCACUAGAAAGAAGCGUGGCACAGUGGUUGAAAAAAAAGCACUAGAAACAAGCUUAAUAUCUGCCUUUCGCAUUUUGUCCUCGCCCACUGAGCGACCGAGGCGAAGUUGGUGGAUAACGAUAGGUUUCACAUGGAGCAUCGGAUUGCGGAGGCCAAUGAACCCUCCACCGAAAACUGCGUUGAUAGGUGUUGUCAGGUUCAAGAAUUGCAAUUUGUCAUCAGCCCCAAUUCUCUCCAUAACUCUUCCUUCUAAGACAGGUCGUGUUCUUAGCAUCCAGUCUCAUACUGUUCAGGGAUAUGUUGGCAAUAAAUCUGCUGUUUUUCCUCUUCAACUUCUUGGCUACGAUGUUGAUCCAAUAAACUCCGUGCAGUUUUCUAAUCAUACAGGAUAUCCUACAUUUAAAGGGCAAGUUCUAGAUGGCCAACAUCUUUGGGAUCUUAUUGAGGGCCUUGCUGCAAACAAUUUGUUAUAUUACACACAUUUAUUGACAGGUUACAUUGGUUCUGUUUCUUUUCUAAAGACAGUGUUGGGAGUUGUGGAAAAACUUCGUUUGAUAAAUCCUGAACUUCUAUAUGUUUGUGAUCCAGUUUUGGGUGAUGAAGGAAAGCUUUAUGUUCCAGAGGAUUUGGUGUCUGUUUAUCGUGAAAAGGUGGUUCCCUUGGCUUCCAUGCUUACUCCUAACCAAUUUGAAAUCGAGCAACUGACAGGUUCCAGGAUUGUUUCAGAAAAAGAUAGCUUGGAAGCUUGUAAUAAACUUCAUGCUGCUGGCCCCCAAAAGGUGAUAAUAACUAGCGUACAAAUUGAAGGCAACCUUCUACUGAUUGGUAGUCAUAAAAAAGCGAAGGGGCAAUCUCCUGAACAGUUCAAGAUUGUGAUACCAAAGAUUCCAGCUUAUUUCACUGGUACUGGAGAUCUAAUGACGGCUCUUUUACUUGGCUGGAGUAAUAAAUACCCAGAUGACCUUGACAAGUCAUCAGAGCUUGCAGUAUCAAGUCUGCAGGCUGUGCUGCAAAGAACAGCUGCUGACUACCAAAAAGCUGGAUUCGAUCCUCGGUCAAGUAGCCUCGAGAUUCGACUAGUUCAGAGCCAAGAAGACAUAAAAAAUCCAUUAGUUAAAUACAAGGCUGAAAAAUAUGUGCGAAGAUUUGAUCCAUAGUACAAAUUGCAAGAUUUUUAUUGAGAGUGAGACGGUGUUAAAAUUGAAUGUAAUAUGGAUUAAAAAAACCAAGGCAAUGCGUGCCCUGAUUAUGAAUCUUUGUCUUUGGGAAAAUGAUCACUUGAAAAUUCCCUUUAACA